CUACCGCAGCCCCAAAAUUGUCCCAGUUUUUACAUAAAACAGUCCCAGCAAGAAAGGCUUUGUGCUCUAGGCGCAGGCGCUAAUUCUGGUGUCUCCCCUAUAAAGCCACGGUACGAACGAGCUCAGAUCGGAAUACUUCGUCCGAACGCUCCCUAGUCACAGACAUCGGAAUCGCAACAUCUCUACGGAAAACGGAAACAGAAGCCAUGAUGGACGUCAGACUGUGUUUGCUGCUGACGGUACUUGUGCAGGUGGCUCUCCCGGCCCAGGCGGAACCAGCGGUGGCCUGUAACAAUGUCACCGGGGCGAGCGACGUCUGCUACUGCUCCGCCUUCGGUCGGGACAGGGAGGUCUUGUGCGACGGCAGGGUCCUAACAGAACUGCCGACGGGGAUCCCGGCUGAUACCGAAAAACUUCAACUCACCAACAACAGGCUGACGUCACUUCCGGCGCAAGCUUUCUCCCCCUAUCGUCAGCUGACCGACCUCCAGAUAAAUAGAAAUCGGCUUUCCCGGAUCGAAGUCGGCGCUUUCGAUAGUUUGAAUCUUCUGGACAUCCUCCAGUUGAACAGAAAUGAACUAGCAACUCUGGAAGUUGGAACUUUUCAGAAUCUUAUAGCUUUGAGAUACCUUGACUUAGGGGACAAUAGAAUCUCAUCAUUAAGGCUUGGUAUUUUCAGUGGACUCGGUAACUUGACUGCCCUGAAGCUUGACGGAAACGCCAUAUCAAGUCUCCCCUCACAGAUCUUUUCCGACCUGACGUCACUCUACACAUUGAAUCUUGCAGGAAAUAGCAUCGUGGAACUGGACGACAUCUUGCCUGUUCUUCCGUCUCAUGUUCGGAACCUAGAUCUCUCCAACAACCAGAUCUCGCAUGUUGACGUUGAUGCCUUCGUGAGAUUUCCCGACCUGCACGGUUUGAACUUGAACGGUAACGGCUUCGGCAACCUCGUGCCUGGAGUCUUCAACGGAGUUCCGAACCUCUUUACGCUCCGUCUGGACAGCAACAAGAUGACUGCCAUUCCUCAAGGCCUGCUCCAAGGUCUUGAUCAGUUGGGUCUGUUGUAUCUCGACAACAACCCUUUGAUGGAGCUGGGUAGUAACACCUUUGUCAGCAUUCCCGAGGUUCGGACCAUUUCCGUCAAUAAUAUAAGUCUUUCCAACAUCGAUGCUGAACUUUUCCGCGAUGCUCCGAAGUUGCGUACUCUUGAACUCGCCUCCAACAGUCUCUCAUCCCUUCCAACUGGAGUAUUCGACAACCUUGACAAUCUGCAGGACUUGGAUCUACAAGACAACAGGCUACAGGGCCUGAGCAGUGAUGUAUUUGCUGAUCUUAGCGAAGUUUGGUUGAUCGACCUGAGGAAAAACGACCUCAAAACGCUCCCUUCUGACGUUUUCCGGCAAAUGUCGAAACUGAGUACGCUGCAUUUGGAGGACAAUUCAUUGAUCACGAUUCCCGUGGACCUACUCCAGAACUUGACCGAGCUAACUAGAGUCUAUUUGGAUAACAAUGACCUCACCACUAUAGAAGAUGGUACGUUCGAUAACCUGCCAAAUUUGGAAACUAUAGAUCUUACUGGGAACGCGCUGAAGAACAUCUCGUGUGACACGUUCCCGCCUGAGAGAGCUACACCUCCUCCGUACAAUGUCAACCUUGACUGCGGGCCCGAACUGGAUCCCCUGCGCAAAUGUCCCAACUUUUAUUCUCCGCCCUGUAUUCCUACAAGUGACGCCAGGUCAUCCCGGGCCGGCCACGCGUUCUGGUUCAUCGUGACCAUCUGCAUGAUGGGCUUCUACUUUCCUUGAAAUAGUAGAAUAUAACAGUCCAAGGGCUAUAAGCGAUCCAGGGAUAGUUUCGAAAGAUAAGAAAAUCAUUUGGAAGUUCUAUUUGCCACAGUACCACCGUACCUUGCAGAGUUUACUACACUCUGUUGAAUGCAACAGAAAUAUUGACUAUUGCUGAUGAGUAUAAUCAAAAAGAGUUUGACUGCCAAGGUGUAAGACGAAACGAUUAUAUCCAGCCCUGCUAUGCAGUAUCUAGCCUAAUUCGCUUGAUUUUCUGGCAGCUUCAAUCUUGUUAUUGUACCAGUCAGUAUAUUUAUGCAUGCAUGAUUGUGUGUGCGGGCAUGUAUGUUCGCGAGCUUGUGUGUGCAUACUUGUAUGUGUGCAUGGCUUUACUUUCCAAGAUUGUUUUUAUUCAAGAUGAUAACACGAAAAAAAGUACAGAGACGACUUUGCGGCGAGCUCAAACUAUGACAACUUAUAUCAACAUUAAAUACCUAAUGUCAUCAGCUAACUACG